UGCCUGCCCUGGCGAGUUGCGUCACUUUGCUUCAACUUUAGGCUAGAAAUCAAGAGAGAGGGAGAGACGAGUUUCAAGGGAGGCAGGAGCGAGCUGGAAAGCCCUGCCGUCUUCCUCCCACCCACCUACCCCCCCUCCUUUACCCCUCUCCUUUCCCCCCCCCUUUCCCCCCCCCCCCAAAAAAAAAAAAAAAACCCCAAAAAAACUUUUCCAUCAGAGAAAGAGGGAGAUCUCUUUGGAAACAUGGAGCUGCUGUGCUGCGAGGUGGAUCCCAUGAGGAGAGCUCUGCCUGACCCAAACUUGCUCUACGAUGACCGCGUUUUGCACAACUUACUAACCAUAGAGGAGAGGUAUCUGCCCCAAUGCUCCUACUUCAAAUGCGUCCAGAAGGACAUCCAGCCCUUCAUGAGGAGGAUGGUGGCCACUUGGAUGCUGGAGGUCUGUGAAGAGCAGAAGUGCGAAGAAGAAGUUUUCCCUCUGGCCAUGAAUUACUUGGACAGAUUCUUAGCUGUGGUGCCCACUCGAAAGUGCCAUCUGCAACUGCUGGGAGCAGUGUGCAUGUUCCUGGCCUCCAAGCUCAAAGAGACAAUCCCCCUCACAGCCGAGAAGCUGUGCAUAUAUACGGACAAUUCCAUCAAACCCCAAGAGCUGCUGGAAUGGGAGCUGGUGGUGCUGGGGAAGUUGAAGUGGAACCUCGCAGCCGUCACCCCACACGAUUUCAUUGAACACAUCCUAAGGAAGUUGCCUCUACCUAAAGACAAACUGCUUUUGAUCCGGAAGCAUGCACAAACGUUCAUUGCCCUUUGUGCCACAGAUUUUAACUUUGCCAUGUACCCACCGUCAAUGAUAGCAACUGGAAGUGUGGGAGCAGCCAUCUGUGGCCUUCAGCUCGAUGAUGGGGAUAGCCUCACGGACCUCCUGGCCAAGAUUACAAACACAGAUGUGGACUGCCUUAAAGCUUGUCAAGAACAGAUCGAGGCGGUGCUAGUAAACAGCCUUAGGCAAGUCCGGCAGCAGCAACAGCAAAGCAAUCCUUCUAAGACGGUGGACGAACUGGACCAGGCCAGCACUCCCACAGAUGUGAGAGAUAUCAACCUGUGAGGACAUCGGCACAGAAAGUCACGCUUGCUCCCCCCAGCCCUUUUAUUUUUGUUAUUAUUUUUAGAGUGAAUUUUUUUUUUUUUAAUCUGCUCCCACAUAGAACGUAUUUAAAGCUCUUUUAGGUAAAAAAAAAAAAAAUACAAAAACUGAAUAAUGAAAAAAAAAAAAAAAAGCAUUUGGUGCCUGUGUUGUUCUACAGAAGGGAAUCCCACAAUAUAUUUGGUAACUGCUAUUUGAUUAUGUAUCAGUGAUAUUAAAUGCUUAUAAAAGCAUACAAAGUAGCUAGAUAAAUGUAAGCCUGCAUUUGUGGGAACAAAGUAGAGUAUACUUGUCUGUGUAUUAUGACCUAGUGCAUACACCCCUUUUUUAGAUUUAAGAAAGGAAUCGUGUGUGCGAUUUUAUGGCUUGACUAGAUUGCAAAGCAAUAGAAUAAGGGGUUUAGGGCAAAGUGGGAAAAGAUCCCUGAAGCAAUUGAACCAUUUUGAAUGCAGAAGAGAUUUGCUGAUCUGUCACCUCUGUUAUUAGUCAGAAGUGUUUGUUGGAUCUCUGUAUGUUAGUUGUGUUUACUCUUGCUGUCUGUGGUAGCUGCUACCUAAGAAAGAAGAUGCUUUAUUUUGCCAGCCGGAAGAGCAGGUGGUUUUUUUGUUCGUUUGUUUGGUUUUUUUGGUUUAUUUUUCUUUUUUUUUUUUCUCAAAUUCCCCUCUCCCCUCUUGACUUUUUCUACUUUUCCUUCAGAAAUGGUUCAUUCUAAACACAGCAGCAUCUUUGGCAUAAGGGCAAUUCCGUUUACCCAACUGUGGGCCAAGCCAAAGUUAUCGAGUGUUCACAUUAGAUGGGGGAAAUGCACCAAUUAAUUCCGACCAGUUGGCUAAUCAGACCACCUCCGACCUUUGGAUUGCAAGAUGCGGUGGAUCGUCUGUGAAAAGCAUUAUAGUCCUUUACAGUGCUAAUGCUUCACAUCAAUGUUAACUUUUGGCAGCUCCUUAGCUUGGCCGUAAAGACAUUUAAAUGAUGCUCUGUCCAUCUUCCUUUUUAACAUAACCUCACUGUGUUAAAGAAGAUGAGAUUUGGUUUGAUCCCUCUUCUACCUACCCAUCUUCCCCCACCGCCCCCGCACACUUUUUCAGCAUUUCAUUAACUUUAUUGAUCCACAGUGAGUGUUUUUAUAAACCAUUUCAUUCGAAAAGCACUUUGAAAAUUGUUCCUAAGGGAUUAAAUGAGAUGGUUUAUGACGAUUUUGCUGAGCAAAAAAAAAAAAAAAAAAAGAAAAGAAAAAAAAAGAAAAGAAAAAAAAAGAAGAAGUCACAAAAGCAAAGCAUAUAGCUUUUUAUAGUCAAUAUUUUCCAGUAUCUGGUGUACUUGGUUAGUUGCGGUGUUGCUGGAAAUACCAACACCUGCUUCAAAUGACAUUCCUGUCAUGACAUUCCGGAUAAAAGCCUGACAAUUUGUAUUGUUCAGUGUCCCAGAAGGAUCUUAAUACAACCUGCAUGCUUAUCUAUGGACAACGAAAGAAAAUUGCAAAAGACACAAGUGGUAAACAUCAAGGUGUGUGACUUGGAGUUUUAUUACAAAGGUGUAUUCAGUGUACUUGAAUUUAUUUUUCUGCUCCAUCUGUAACGAAGAGGCAUUUAGAUGGCAAAGGAGUUGGAGCAACUUUUUUUUUUUUUUUUUUUUUGCACAAUUGUAUUAACAGUUUGCAAAUAUACAGUAUGAAGCUGUUGGUUGAAAUGUUAAUGUUUGCAUUUUUAAGACAAAAAUCCAGAAAGAACAUGCUACUUCGAAGAAUAUUAUAUGAAUGGACUCAGCCGUAUUUGGCUAGAUGAGGGUAGAAAAUGGAGUAAGAUUCUAAGGUUUUGUUGUUUUUUUGGUUUUUGGGGGUUUUUUGGUUUUGGUUUUUUUUUUUUUUUGCGCUGCUAAGAAGCUAUGAUUUGUUUCAUUCUUAUUCACAUUAACAGUACUUAGCUGUAUUGUUUCACUGAGUGUGCUGCUAUUUUAUAAACAUUUUUAUAAUAUAUUAUUUUACUGCUUAAAUUUCAAAUCCUGAAGUAGAUGGUUAAGUGGAGAUAUGAUGAGUUCUUUGAUUUACUGGAAAUGCCCUGUACAGUUUUUUUUUUUCCUAAUAGCGUGUUCAUGAUUAUUUUUUUUAUUUUAUUUUAUUUUUUCCUUCUUUCUUUUUUUUUUUUUUAAACUUCCUUUCUUCCUGAUCACAUCCUGCAAAGACGGUAUACUUACCUCAGGUUUACUGGACAAAAUAGAAAUGGUUCCCAUUUUCACAAUACCUCACAACGUGACAGUUUGGUUUUUCCCCGGGGCCCGUGCUCCGGCCGUGCCAGGGAGAGGUUGCAGGCAACCGGGGCGCUGGCUCCCUUUCGGUCUUCGGUAUCCUUUUCAUAGUGGAAAAAAUGCAUUGACUCUCCGCCGGCGGCUUUGCCGGAGCAGGUCCGUGUUUCCCAAAACCAGUGGUGGGGACAGCCUCGCUCUCGCCACCGUCAGCCUCCCGCCUUGAUGUUCCACGUUGGGAGCACCCGAAGUUCAGCGACGGUGUCUCUCCUGGAGGAAAAAAAAUAAAUAGUUAAUUUUGUGGAAGCAAGACUCCGGAGCCGCGUGCGGCGUGUAUGUGGCAGAUCAGAUCAUUCCCUGACAGCCCUCCUACGUUAGCAAACGUGGCUUCGCGGGGUGGCGUGCCAGAGGGUCCCCAGGCGGUGGGAUGACCUCUCCGCGCAGCGAGCGUGGGCACCGCGUCCAUCGCGUUGGCGUGGUUUGCUCCCCUCCGUGCCGUAGGUCGCGUGUAGGCAGGAGUAGUGUUGAGGGCGCCUGCCCCCGCUCUUCGUCCCACCUCCUGCGGUGCCCCAGUCCCACACGAGGAUCCCCUCCUGCAGUAUCGUCCCCCCAGGGCUCCGCGGCGCUGACGGGGAAGGGGGGUGAGGUCCGGGGAAGGGAGGCGAGGUCUGCCACCGAGGUCGGCUCCUCGCGCGGCGGUCGGAGUUGCGCUGGAAGGGGCAGCGCCGUCCGGCAGCCCUGGUCGCUUGCAGGGACCCGGUCGCCGCCGGGGGCAAGAGUGUCCUCGGCUGCAGUGGUGUACUCAAAAAAUACUAACCGUCUGGUUACGCCCGGAGGCGUACUGUAUUUGAAGUCUGGAAAACCUAGAACUUGAGCGUUUUCACAGUAGCAUUCAAAAUAAAAAUACUGCAUAGUACUCCUUUUUAACAGACAUUAAAGAAAAAAUGUAUACUAUUAUAUUGCAAAUGAGGUGUGAGAUUUUUUUCCCCUGGAUUGCAGAAAUCAUAAACCUUCCUACUGAUUAAUUCAAAAAAAUGUGUUGCUGAUUAUACCUUCACAAGUGCCAAAGGAUUGGCACAACUGCUAAAAGCGUUUCUCUCUCAGCUUCCUAUUGAUGGUACUUUGAUGAUCUUCCCCUCCCUCCCAUUACUGUAGCAUAGGAGCACCUCCUAAUCAAUUUAUUUAUAUUCCCAACAUGCUUGUGAAAGAGAAGAAUACUGUUAAUACCAUUUUAAUGUCAAUGAUUUAUGCUUGAAUAAUUGGACAGCUCUUAAUUACUUAACAAACCACCUGGCCACUGGAUUUUUUCCACUAUGUUUAUUACCAUGUUCUCAUGUACCUCAGAAAUCACUCUUGGUUGCACAGUUUCUGUUCUCAAACUUUUUUUUUUUUUUUUUUUUUUGGCUUUAUCGAGUGUGAUGCCAUAUCAAGUCAACGUUAUUCUCUCACAAUGUGCUCUUUAAGAGGUGUGGAUGUUUAUAUGGUCAGGGGAUGCUAGAAAGUGCGGUAGUAGACAUGAUCAGUGUAAACAAAAGUAUUUAGAAAGUAUGCGAGGUUGUUUUCGAUGGAUAAGACUCUGAUACAGUGUAGUCUUGAUUACCUUUUAAAAGGUCUUCUUUGUUCAGUGUUGUCAUUUUUGUUAAUAACCUGUUGUUUUGACUAGUUUAAAGAUGGUUCUAAGAAAAGUGUUUUGGCGGGAUUAGGUAUGCUGUAUGGACAAUAAACUCACCUUGACCUAAA